AUGGACGAUGAUGAGACACGCAGGCUAAUCUUGCGCCUGCAAAUGGAAGACCUGGCCUCGAUCUGGGCCUCAUCGACUACAUCCGCCGAUCAUGACAAUGACCUCAACGCUGAUGUGUCUCUACGCCUUUAUCGCCAUGAGCUACGCACUGCCAACCAGCAGAUCGAUGACAGAAUUUCUGCUCGAGCCGCCGCUGAUGACGAGCUGCGUCAGAGAAAUGCCAUCAGAGCGGAUCGUCAAGAAGCACGUCGCCUGUUUCAGCAACUCAAUCCUGAUGAGCGAGUUCCUGAGCUGUUGGAGACUGCUCAACUGACUCUCACUGGUCAUACGGAUACUUGCAGUGCCCCUAUCAAGGAUGAGACUUCAUCUACACUUGGACAUCUGCAACAUCCUGAUAACCCUACCAUGCGAGCUUCGCCAUCACUGCCCUCUCGCCAGACUAUCGCCCCGACAUCUAGUGUGAAGCGUUCAGCAGACCACCUUGACAUGAUUGCGGAACCACCUUCAAAGAAGCAAGCAACCGAAGAGAUGGGUCCCGUUGCAAGACCACUCAGUGCUUGCUGGCUCCCGAGUUCGGAUCGUGCCUCUGGAAAAUUCAUUGAUGAAACUCCCGUAAAUCUAGACGUAUCAGCUCAAACUCCUCUCUUUCCUGCUUCGGCUUCAACGAACCUCAAACGACCAGCACAAGACGAUGAUAGUGUCUUUCCACCCGCAAAGAGACAAGAAGUCGUACCUAAACGCUCUCCUCUUACUUUCGGAACUAUACAGCCUACCGCCGAAAAGCCAGCGUCUUCUUCUGCGCUGUCAGGUUCCCUCAACACAUUUCAAUGGGGUGUAUCCCCUGCAUUCAACCCGUUUGGCAAUUCUUCGGCUAAGGCACCAGAAGCACCUCGCUUUGGUCACAGCGCUUCCUAUGGACGUGGCUUUACUUCGAACGCUCCAUCUGCGCGUAGACAAAACAAAAGGCUCAAUCGCAAAUUAGGUAUCGAUCGUUCAGAAGGACUUGUCUCAAAGACAGUUCCAGCGUCCAAACAGCCUGUCGCACCAGGACAACAGUCCAUCAGCGAGCCGGAUCAAUCUUCUGAAGUCGAAUGCAUUGCUUGCUGCGACGAAGUUCCACGCACUAAGGCCCACAUCAACUCCUGCAGCCAUGUAUACUGUUCAAAAUAA